UCUGAGAGCAGGGCUUCCCUUCGUCCACCCCCCCGCCUCCCCCGAUUCUUGUCGCUCUUCUCCAGAAGUCAGUCACUGCCUUAGUGGUCUCUCCCUGGAGUACUACUUGGUACCAUCGCCUCAGGCUGCGACACCCUUUCUGUGCUUAACCGCCCCCGUCAUCCCGGUUCUUCUGUCCCAUAGGCCUAUCCGUUAUCGACACCCGUCCGAACCGCGUUGCGCUCUCACCAUGGCCAUUCAUCCGAAUUUCCCAUCUGAAACGAAUCCGAGAGGAUCUCUCUCGCCGCAGCAGGCUCGCGCCAUCUCCGCUUGGACUGAACAGGCGGCUGCAUCCUUGGAGAGUCUGACCCUCUCGGAGUCAGUACCGAUCGCCGAUUCGAAUGUGGUCUUUUCCCAGUCCACUCCUACGCGCGCAGGCGUGCGCGGCACCACAGUCUCGUUAUCAAUCCCCCUAGACGACCCAGUACCGACAGUGGGAAGCCCUUCCGCGCCUAAGGUCAAGGUUCUAGGCCAGUCAACCAAGGAGACCCAGGUGGCGUCGGUGAACUUCCGGCGCCGCGAGCCGCUUCGCCGUGAUAGCCUCAAGAGGCGCGAAGCCUUGUUAAAGGGAAAGGAUGGUAGUCGUCGCAGACAGCGUUGGGAGAAUGAUCGUCUUCUGAACAAUCCGUGGGCUGAGCCACCUUCUUCCAAGGAUUGGGAUAUCCAAGCCACCCACACUCGUCACGACCCUAUGCCUUACUACCUUGCACCUCUCUGGGACAACCACUAUGCGCGUUUGGAUCAUAGGUCAUCCCAGCAGAUGGAGACCCGGAUCGAGAAGCAUCGUGUUCCUAAGGAGUUGCGACAGAGACUAAAGCAUGCACGUGCGGCACGUGGUAUACUUCAGGAUAUCGAAGAAGACAUCAGACAAUUCAUCCAGCGAUGGAACGAGAAGCAAGGUUUACUGAAGCAGGAGGGUCUGGCAGAUGCCCCACAGUCAUCCGACAGUGAAUCCGAAGACGAGAUCGUGUUUGUGGGUCGAAACGGCCUGAUGCAUGACUCGCCUCAGAGAAAGGCACGAUUGCAAAAGAUGCGUGAGGCAAUGAGUGCUCAUCAUGAGCACGAUGGGCAGAAGAUGGUGUUUGAGAGCCUGGUCGACGACCGGGCAGCUGGAUUCGGUCGCUGGCUCGUCCAUUCCAUCGCGUCAUAUUACGGCUUGCACACUUGGUCUGUCACCGUCGGGGAACCUGCCCGCCGCGAGGCUUACGUUGGCUUCUACCCGCCAGCCCCAGGCAGUCGAGCAGGACCCGUAUCCUCACCGGCUGGGUCAAAGGCUUGCCGUCAGGAAGCGAUUAUUCAGCCCGGAGACGAACUGCCUCAACCGCUGUGGUUGCAGGUGAUAGACCAAGACCUACAAUUGAUUUGGGCACAUAGGGAAGGUGGCGACCCGCAUGGAUUUGUAGAGCAUGCAUGUUAUGUUGAUGAUGUCUCCGGGUGUGACCGUGACGUAUUGGUCGGUCCGGUGGUUCCGGGUCUAGAUGGUCUAAAUGAUGCUGCUAUGCAGCGGGCUGUCACUAAGAGAAGAAGAAGAAGAGUAUGGCAUGGUAUUCUACUAGUACUUCUUGUGUUGGUUCUGCAACAGCAGAUCACUUCAGACCUCGGGUGCAUGUAUGGUGCAAGGGACUGGGUAUCAUCUAUCUGCUAUCUAGUACUACGGAGUGUCCAUUUAAGCGACUGUGGAAUGUCAAACCAUCUCCGAUUUUGCGAUGGAGAAGGGAGAGCGAGAAGAGAGGAAAUAAAGGCAUCCAUAGACAAGCGAGGCAAGGGCACUGACCGCGCCCCACUUGGGAAGCCCCAUCGUUGUGGGGUCGCCUCUUCUCACAUGCAAUUCCCCGGUGAUCUACAGAGAGUGAGUAUGGGCGAUUAUUCAUUCGGUCCGAUCCGAAGAGGCGACCCCAGUCGGUUCCAUGGCAUCGAUCUGAUAGAUGUUGUCGGCAAUUCUCCAUCCAGCGUUCGGUCAGCAAUGAACAUUUCCCACUCGACACCGCGGGCGAAGCACCAAUCAGCAAAUGUCCGCAUUUGGGAGUCUCGGAGAAUAUCCUGGACGCACAGGAGAAAAAGGAAAAGACCUGCCGAGAAAUGCCUUUGCAAGGGAAAGUUGAGGUCACUUGGUAGUAGUAGUAGUAGUAGCUACUACCGCAGAAUCCUUGCUGAUCAGUCAGUCAAACAACGAGAAUAUUGCCAGCAUCACCAGUACAGCAUCACCCGCACGAUUAGUGUGGGUAAGGAAGAGUAA